UGCGCGGCAUUCCUGCCUCUCUGGCCCGCUCGACGCGCGGAAGCUAGAUACCUCACAGUUCCCCGAGCUGCCAGCCCUUCCGCCGCGGGAGCCAUUGAGGACCGGCAGCCAUGGCUCUUCGCUACCCUAUGGCCGUGGGCCUCAACAAGGGCCACAAGGUAACCAAGAACGUGAGCAAGCCGAGGCACAGCCGCCGCCGCGGGCGCCUCACCAAGCACACCAAGUUCGUGCGGGACAUGAUCCGAGAGGUGUGCGGCUUCGCCCCGUACGAGCGCCGAGCCAUGGAGCUGCUCAAAGUCUCCAAGGACAAGCGCGCGCUCAAGUUCAUCAAGAAAAGGGUGGGGACGCACAUUCGGGCCAAGAGGAAGAGAGAGGAGCUGAGCAACGUGCUGGCAGCCAUGCGGAAAGCGGCGGCCAAGAAGGACUGAGCCCUUGCCCGCCCCUCUGUAUGUAAUAAAGUCUUUUUGGAACUUG